AUUUCCAUUUCGGAUGCAAAACCUCGUUUGCAACGAUGUCAGCUUCUGAAAUGGCAAAUGCUGGGUCUCCUGCACCGAGCAGCAAUGAGGCUCGGCGUUCCCCGCCUUUGCGAGUGCCGAGCGCUGCAAAGACCAAGAGGUCGAAGACGCAGUCCAAGAGAAACGAUGGGGGGCAGUCGAAGACGGCGCUGCGAGCUCGGACGUAUUAUCGACGCAAGGUACGGGGACACAAUUGCAACAAAUUGGAGCGGAAGAUUAAAAUGUGUCGUGUAGGAGGAGACGGAAGUGUUAGAGAGGAAGGUGCAGGGCUUGAUGUUGCAACUGCAGCAUUUGGCACGACGCGGGGUGGUGGAAAUUCGACGAGAUGCCCUCGCAGCGAGGAUGAGACGGAACCAGGCGCUUCGAGAGUCGAUCCAGGGCCAACGCAUCAUUUUUGCCAACACGCAAUCCUUCAUCUCCGAGUUUCUGAGAGCUCACGAUCAUAGUAAAUAUGAACCAGUUAUCCGUCUUGGAACGGACCUUCGAGAGAGACACGAGACGCUAUUGGCGAUGAAGCAGCAGCGUCUACAGGAGGCAGUUUACUUUCUGUCGGAGCGCUCGCGGCGGAUGAGAAUGGAUACAGAGUUCACGGAUCUCCAGCGCUUCACGUCAGACAACGGGGAUGUCUGCUUAGUGCGCUUCGAUAUCAAACCUUUAUUCUCGGCGCAAAAUGUGAUGCAAGCGUUCGAAGGUGUGCGCAAAUUUGCAUACAACUUGGAGAUCAGUAUUUCGGACCUUGUCGGGCAUCUGACGAUCCGAGAGAAUGACGAAGAAGACUGGGAUACUUCCAUCGCGCAGCAUCGACUCGUUACGACUAUUAACCACGGCGUUCAGGUAGACACAAACAACGUAACAUUUACGCAGUAUUGGGAAGAUGGUACAGGACCGAACCCGCAAAGAGCAGUCGGCAAGGAAUUGGGGAUUGCGGUCUGCAAUUACGUCGAGGACGACGCGCUUUAUCCGUAUCGUGAGUCGGAGCGUGUGCGCCAGGAUAUAACCUAUUUCGUUGUAAUAGCGAAAUAUCCACGCGAUCUCCCCGGUGCGUUUGGUGAUACUGAUACGACAGCAACACUCGAUUCUCCUACUGGUAGUGAAUAUGGAGCUGGUGUUAGUGAAGAUAAUGGUAACGAAGAAGAUAUGGUGGUGGCGCUGAGGUGGACUUGUUUGCGUCUGCGCAAACCACCUUUUCCGCUGGAUAAUGCUACCGCCUCCCGCAUCCGAGAAGGCAUGGAGCAAGUCGACCAAGCCAUGUUUACAGCGAUCCGCCAUUCAGUCGAUGGAGACGUAUCGCCACGAAAUGCCCCAGCACCCCGUAACAAUGAGUGAUACGAUAAUAAAAACUGGACCUGUUUGUAGCUUUCUGGGACGAAGAGAAACAGA